GCGGAUGACAUGAGGGCGCCGUCUCCCGAGUGAUGGCAGCGCGCGCUGCCUCGCCGCCUCCGCCGCUCAGCCCCGGACUCCUUACGUCAGGGUAGCUGGGUGCCCCCUCCGCGCGGGAGCCGGCGAGCAGCGGGAGAGCAGAGCAGAGCGCGCUGUGGAGCCCGGGCGCCCUCGCUGCGCGCGGAGCCCCGCCGAACCCCGCCGAGCCGAGCCGGGCCGGAGGCAGCACCGCGGAGCCCGCGCCGGACGCCGCAAGCGGACCCAGCACUUCCCGGCCGCCGCCGGACCCCUGGGGCCCGGGGCUCGUCCUGUGCGCCCCCGGCCAUGCGCGCCGGCCUCCGCGGCUUUCCGGAGCAGCCCCAGCGCGGUGGACACAGGCGCCCGAGCCCGGGCGCCUCUCGCUAAAGUAGUUGGGUGACCAGGGCAGGGGGUCGCCACGUCGGGGGCGCGGCCGGGACCCGCGGAGUCGGCCCCCGAGCUCGGGGAGCGGGGCCGCCCGCGUCGCCCCACCAUUACCUCCCCGGGCGGCAAGGAAGAGCUGGUGGCGGUCGCCUCCCGGCUGUGGCAGCGGCGGCGGCGCGCCUGUCUGGCCGCCGUCGGCGUACUCCUGGCCAUGGCGCUCGGGCUGCUCAUCGCCGUGCCCCUGCUGCUGCAGGCGGCGCCCCCCGGCGCGGCGCACUACGAGAUGAUGGGCACCUGCCGCAUGAUCUGCGACCCAUACAGCGCCGCACCCGGAGGGGGGCCCGCAGGCGCCAAGGCGCCGCCGCCCGGACCCAGCACCGCCGCUCUGGAAGUCAUGCAGGACCUCAGUGCCAACCCUCCGCCUCCCUUCAUCCAGGGACCCAAGGGUGAUCCAGGGAGACCGGGCAAGCCGGGGCCGCGGGGUCCCCCUGGAGAGCCGGGCCCUCCUGGACCCCGGGGCCCUCCGGGGGAGAAGGGUGACGCAGGGCGGCCGGGGUUGCCCGGGCUGCAGCUGACGGCUGGCGCGGCCGGCGGCGUCGGGGUGGUGGGCGGCGGAGCCGGGGGCGGCGGCGACUCCGAGGGCGAAGUGACCAGUGCAUUGAGCGCCGCCUUCAGCGGCCCCAAGAUCGCCUUCUACGUGGGUCUCAAGAGCCCCCACGAAGGCUACGAGGUGCUCAAGUUCGACGACGUGGUCACCAAUCUCGGCAAUCACUACGACCCCACCACCGGCAAGUUCAGCUGCCAGGUGCGCGGCAUCUACUUCUUCACCUACCACAUCCUCAUGCGUGGCGGCGACGGCACCAGCAUGUGGGCGGACCUCUGCAAGAACGGGCAGGUCCGGGCCAGCGCCAUUGCGCAGGACGCCGACCAGAACUACGACUAUGCCAGUAACAGCGUGGUGCUGCACCUGGAUUCAGGGGACGAAGUGUACGUGAAACUGGACGGCGGCAAAGCGCACGGAGGCAACAACAACAAGUACAGCACGUUCUCGGGCUUCCUUCUGUACCCAGAUUAGGGGCGCAGGGGGCGCGAGGUGAGGUGGCGUCAGGCGUCCAUGUCCCUGCGGGAGUGCGUGCCUCCUGGGCGAGGGCCACUCUCAAUUCACGACACUUCCUGACAUCUCCGUUGGAAAAGACACAUCCCUGCUGUCCUCCCUCCCCUGCUCCCGGUCUCAGUGUGUCUGCAAAUCACCACGCUCCGGGCUGUACUCCUGGUCCCUGUCCCCAGCCCAGUGAGGGAGAGGGAGACGCCAAGCCCUUGGGCCUCGGCGCAGACUUUGCAAACCUGAUUGGACUGGACAGGCCUGCCCUCUUCCAGACCUGCUUCUCCUCCCAGUGCCCCAGCCCAGGCCGGGGAGGUGGGCCAAAGGGAACACGGGCUCCCUGGGGCGUCCUUCUUUGUGACCUGAAAUACUUGCACACAUUUCCCUGUCCAUCUGCCAAAAACCCACCCACAGCAGAAUUCCAGCAAACAGAAAAUUCACAUCUCCACACCACACUCCCUUCCGACUCAGACCCACUGCAAUGCAUUAAAUUAUGUUUUUA